AUGAUACAGGGACUGUCUCAUUUCUCUCUACCUAUUUUCAUACUUCCUCUUCUGCAAGGCUUGGAGAUCACAGACCCUGGGCAAGUAGUGUACAAAGAAGACAGAAUCAGCAGAGUAGUGGAACAUGAAGUAGUCCUGAAAUGUGGCCCAACCCUCCCUGAUGUCUAUAUCUGGAGCUUCACCAAACCAGGCACCGAGACGAUUCGAGCCAUUGUGUAUAACUUUGGCAAGGGUCCAAAACUACAGCAACUAGCCAAGGACUUGGGUGACCUAAACAUCACUAACACUGCCUCUCUGUACAUAGAAAAACUCCUUUUAGCAGCAGAGGGCUUAUACACCUGCCAGGCUCUGUAUGACACUCCUGAAGGAGCCAAACUUUACUACUACUACUUAUAUCUGCGUGUUUUAGUACCAGUCUCCAAACCAUACAUUGUGCAAAGUGGCUUUACUGCGGUUGAAGGUUUGUCAUUUUGGAUGCACUGCAGUCUGGAGAAUGGCACAGAACCCAUACAAUAUAUUUGGGAGCAGGGGAACAGCAGUGGGCAGGUCAGCAAAUUGGCUGAAAGCAACAGCAGUCUGAUUAACAUGACUUUGGUUACCCGCAAUCACACUGGUUGGUUUAAGUGCCUGGCCAGGAAUGAGGUCAAUGAGCAGAGCAGUGACCAGAUCUGGCUAGAUGUUUUAUAUGGACCAGAUCUUCCUCAGAUCGAUGGCACAGCAUAUUCUAAAACGUCUCAAGAAUAUUCAGUCCUAGAAAAAAGAAACAUUUCCCUCAUGUGUCAAGCUUCCUCUAAACCUCCCAGCCAGUACAUGUGGUUCUACAACAACUCAGAGAUCUACUCUGGACAACAACUUACCAUCACCAACAUCCUACGUGUUGACUCUGGUUACUAUUCCUGCAUGGCCCAGAACUCUUACCUGAACACCCACUCUAAAAAUACUAUCACUCUCACCAUCUACUACCCCCCAGAUGGUGUGCCAACAUGUUCCAUCUUUCCAGUGAACAACUACACUGACCUGGCCCUCUUCUGCUCUUGGGAGGGGGGCAAUCCUCCAGCAACUCUCAAAUGGACUCCAUAUGUGAAUGGUGAGAAUGGAGUGAGUGCCGCUAAUGUCACUCAGAUUCAACCUGGUCUAUACUCUGCUAACAACUCUGUGUACACCUGCUAUGGCUCACAUGUUGCACUAAACUUCACUCAGACAUGCAGCACCAGGACAUGGAUACCAUUUGGUGAACCCCAGUGUUCUGCAAAUUCUACCCAUGGUAAUAGGUACCUGAUGUUGUCCUGUUCGUGGGAAGGUGGAUUCCCUAACGCUCUGCUAUGGUGGACUUCCAUUAAUGGAGAAAUGCAGGGUAUCUCUAAGGAAGCCACAAUUGUUUGGAACCUAAAUGCAAGUGCUAUGUUCAAUGGCAAAAUCUUUGUGUGUCAUGCCAAACAUCCACUGAUUAAAGAAAGCAAGCAAUGUGCGAUCAAAUUAGAGAUACCAGUGUUGAUGACUCAGCGCAAUGCGGUUUCAGUGUAUGAGGGCAAUGAUGUUCAGCUCACCUGUAUUCUGAGCAAAAACUACCCUUCAGUCACAGAGAUCACCUGGUAUAAUAACUCAAAGCAGGAUGUAAUUCAGAAAACCCAGAAGUAUAUCCUGCAGAAAGAUGGUAUCUGGUUCAACCUGACAGUGAGGGAUACAGACAGCAAGAUGGACAGUGGACAGUAUUGGUGUUCAGCUGCUAAUGCUGUUGGAAGAGCAGAGAUUCCCAUCUUACUUCUGGUGAUGAGAUACCCAUUGCCUCCGAAUGUAACAAUCAGUAAGCUCAUAUACAGUGGACAUCAGAGAACAGAUGUUAACAUGGAAUGGCUAGUUCAGAUGGAUGCUAACCUCACUGGUUUCUUUAUCGAGUAUCAGAGGCUACCUUUCCCUGUAGGGAGGAGUGAUAUUGACCCUCUUUGGCAAAAACUGACAGACACUCUGGAGCCCAGCACCCGUAGUUUCCAGAUCACUAAUCUAGAUCCGAACAGCAAAUAUGCAUUCCGUGUAACAGCUGUGAAUCACCAAACCAUUGGAAAUCCUGCAGAGGUCAUGAGCCCAGUGUCAGUUCCAGUUUCUAAACCGUACAUUAUGCUGAGUAAUUUGUCACCACUAGAAGGUGCAUCAGUGUGGAUACGUUGUGGUCUGGAGAAUGGUACAUAUCCUAUUUACUACUCUUGGGAACAAGAGAGCCGCAGUGGGAUGGUGACCGUUUUGGCUGAGAGCAACAGCAAUCUAAUUAACAUCACCUGGGUGACACGUAACCAUACCGGCUGGUUCAGGUGUUUGGCCAGGAAUGAGGUCAAUCAGCAGCGCAGUGACCGGAUCUGGUUGGAUGUAAUUUAUGGUCCUGACAUUCCUCAGAUAAAUGCCACUGCCUACACUGUCACAGAUAUAGAAUUCUCAGUCCUUGAAAAAAAGAAUGUCUCCCUCAUGUGUCAAGCCUCCUCUAACCCUCCUAGUCAGUAUGUCUGGCUCUACAACAACUCCCAGGUCUACACUGGACCCCAGCUUGUAUUUACCAAGAUUACCAGAAUGUAUUCAGGAAACUAUACCUGUCUGGCACAGAAUACAUACCUAAACACUUUCUCCAGGAAAACAAUCCCACUCAUCGUUUAUUAUCCACCAGAUGGCUUUCCAUCAUGUAGCAUGUCUCCAGCCAAUAAUUAUUCUGAUCUGGCUCUCUUCUGUUCCUGGGAUGGAGGUUACCCUCCAGCUACCUUGAGCUGGAGUCCAUAUGUCAAUGGGAAUGAAGACAAAAGAGAGGUUAUCAUUAAUAUUACUCGGAUACAGCCAGGAUCUGAUACAGCUAACAAUUCAGCAUUCAUGUGCUAUGGCUCUCAUGUUGCACUAAACAGCACCCAAACCUGUAGCACCAGGACAUGGCUGCCCUAUGGAGAACCCAGAUGUUAUGCGAAUUCCAGUCAUAAUAAUGAGUACCUGAUACUUUCCUGCUCCUGGAAUGGUGGAUUCCCUAGGGCGGUGCUAUGGUGGGUGUCCAGUUCAGGUGACAUGCAGGGCCGAUCUGAGGACAUCAGCACCCUGGCCCUGCAUUCUACUGCUAACUACAGUGGCAAAUCAUUUUUUUGUCAUGCCAAGCAUCCACUAGCUAAAGAAAGCAAGCAAUGUAGUUUAAAAAUGGAGGCACCAGUUUUGAUGACUCAGCGCAGUGUGGUUUCGGUCUUUGAAGGCACUGAUGCUCUACUAUCUUGCACGCUGAGUAAAAACUACCCAGUGGUCACAGAGAUCACCUGGUACAACAAUAUGAAGCAAAAAGUGGGGGAUUAUGACAGGAAAUACAGCAUACAGCAAGCUGAUGGAUGGUCCUUAACAGUUCGACAGACAGAUGGCAUGGUGGACAGUGGACAGUACUGGUGCUCUGCUACAAAUGCUGUUGGAGCAGCAGAGAUCCCAAUCAUGUUGCUGGUGAUAAUGCCAGUUUCCAAACCCACCAUGCUGCUGAGUGACUCUUCGCCAGCGGAAGGCACAUCAUUGUUGAUGCGCUGCAUUGUGGAAAAGGGCACAGAACCUAUUACCUACACAUGGGAGCAGGAGAGCCAGGCUGGGCUGACCACAACACUGGCUAAAGAAAAUAGCAGUUUGGUCAGUGUAACACGGGUUUCCCGUAACCUCACUGGCUGGUUCAGGUGUCUGGCUAGGAAUGAGGUCAAUCAGCAGCGCAGUGACCGGAUCUGGUUAAAUGUCUUAUUUGGUCCAGACUUACCUCAAAUUGACGUCACAGCCUACUCAGUAACAGAUUACGGAUACACAGCUCUGGAAAAUGGCAACGUCUCCCUUGUGUGUCAAGCCUCCUCUAACCCUCCCAGUCAGUACAUCUGGUUUUACAACAACACCCAGGUCUACACUGGUCCACAGCUCACCAUCACCAAGAUUCUCAGAAUGCAAGCAGGCUAUUAUGCCUGUCUGGCCCAGAAUACUAAUCUCAACACCCGCUCUAAGAAAACCGUCACUCUCGCUGUCUACUAUCCACCAGAUGGUGCUCCAUCAUGUUCCAUAUUCCCAAUAAAUAAUUACACUGAUCUGGCUCUUGUUUGUUCCUGGGUGGGUGGAUAUCCAUCACCGAAUCUAAACUGGAGUCCAUAUAUGAUCGGAGACAAUCUACAGGGUCCAGCUAACAUUACCCGGAUUCAGCCAGGGUCAGAGACUUUGAACAACUCUGUUUUUACGUGCUAUGGAACUCAUAUCGCCCUAAAAGUUCCCCAGAGUUGCAGCACCAGGACAUGGCUGCCUAAUGGAGAACCCCAGUGUUUUGCAUAUGUGACUCGUAAUAACGAGUACUUGAUGCUGUCCUGCUCCUGGGAGGGUGGUGUCCCUCGGGCAUUGCUGUGGUGGGUGUCCAGUUCCGGCAACAUGCAGGGAACAUCAGAGGAGAACUCCAACAUCCUGGUUCUACGCUCCAGCGCCAACUACAGCGGCAAAGCCUUCAUUUGUCAUGCCAAACAUCCACUUUUUAAAGACAGCAAGCAGUGUGUGUUAAAAUUAGAGGCACCAGUUUUGAUGACUCAGCGCAGUGUGGUUUCAGUGUAUGAGGGCAAUGAGGCCCAGCUGACUUGCAUCCUGAGCAAGAAUUAUCCUGCAGUGACAGAAGUCACCUGGUACAAUAACUUAAAACGGAAUGUUGGUGAAACGCCAAAAAAAUAUAUCCUUGAGCAAGCUGCCACCUGGUUUAACCUGACCGUCAGGGAGACAGAUAGCAUGGUGGACAGUGGACAGUACUGGUGUUCUGCUACUAAUGCAGUUGGAGGAGCAGAGAUUCCUGUCUCGCUCGUGGUAAAAAGAUACCCUAUGCCUCCAAAUGUAACCAUCACUAAGAUCACUUAUAGCAGCCAGCAGAGGACAGAUGUCAUGCUGGAGUGGUUAAUACAGAGUAAUGGAGACCUUACUGGGUUCUUCAUUGAGCUUCAGAGGCUCCCUGUAGGCAAAAGUGAAGUUGCUCCUCUUUGGCAGAAAGUGGUAGUAGAUCUGGAUCCAAGCACUAGGAGUUACCAAAUAACCAACCUGGACCCAAGAGGAAAAUAUGCAUUCCGUGUGACUGCUGUCAAUCACCGAACCACUGGCCAUACAUCAGAGGUCAAGAGCCCAGCAAACCCACCCUUCAAAGCUUAUCCUGCUGUUAUUGGAGCAGCAAUUGGAGGAAUGCUUCUGGCAGCAUUAACAACAGUUCUAGUCUUCAUUUACAUGCUGAGAAAUCGCAACAACCAUCCUCCCAGUCAAGGGAAAACAUCAGCCUCCCUGAGGAUGAGGUUGUUGCAGAGGGAAAGGGACACACUGAAGACACUAAUUUCUCAAGUCCAAAUUCCAUUAAGCAACAUAACUAGGACAUUGUGCAGUGCCUGUUUGGAAACCCCUAGUUUUUUAUGGUUUUUGAGAGACACAUUUACAUUUAUGGAAUUUGUCAGACACCCUUAUCCAGAGAAACUUACAUUUAUCUCAUUCAUACAACUGAGCAGCUAUGGGUUAAGGGCUUUGCUCAAAGGCCCAGGAGUAGCAGCUUGGUGUGUCUGUGAUUUUAUCUCAUGGCCUUCUUAUUCAAAGUCCACAACCUUAACCACUAAGCUACCAUCUCCACAUGCAUUCAUGUUCCUUUUGUUUAUAUGCAACUAUUAUUAAUUUUAAUCAUACAACCACCUUGGUAAUAACAGUAGGUUUUGGUUGGAAUGCAUGUACGUAUGUCACAUUCCACCUAACAAGUUUCUGUUUUUAUUUGGAGAACAUGUUAAUGUAUCAUAUACAUGUAGGUUAAAUGUAGCUCAAAUGUUAAAAGGAAUUCUGAAGGAACAUGGCUAUAAUUCCAUAAUUCAUAACCAUGCAAUUCUGUCUAGACUGCAGCUAAUUGUAACCAACUUCACCAUACAACAAGCCAAUGCUCAGAAGCAUACAUUUAAGCUCUGUAAUUGUUCUAUAGAGAGCAAACACUCGGCUGGAGUUUUAUCUAUCAUGGAUUGGGCUGCCCAGGUACUGCACCUCAAUCCUAUUGAACUGCUCUGAGAUGAACUGGAUCACAGGAUAAAAAAGAAAAAUCCAGCCAUUUAACAUCUAUAAAAAACAUGGCAAAAUAUUUCAGUUGAAUGUUUGAAACUAACUGUCUUGAUGCCAAUAGUCUGUAAAGCUGUUGGACUUUUGAAUGAAAAUAAAGUUUCACAUCUAUACACA